GGCAAGUGCAUACACACCACUACAUGCAAUAGAAGUUUGUUUUCGAACGAGAAGCACGCUUAACCUCCGUUAAUUGAUUGAUUAGGCACGUCUGAUCUGAGCCAUAAAAGGACAUUAAGUUGAUUGUUUAAGCCUAAUAGCAAACUUCAAAAAACAGAGGCAGAAAAACAGCUGUGCGGCGGAAAGUUUGGCCAACUCAAGUUGGUUGAAGAACCCGAACCAGAACAAGAAUCGCACCCAAAAAGGGCGCAACAACUGAGGCAGAAGAAGAAGAACAGCAGGAGGAGGAGAAAAACAGGCAGACGGCGAAGGCGAACAAAAGGAGAAGCGCAAACAAUCAAAACAAGAAAAAGAGUGCCGAGGAGGGACUCAAAAUGACGGACGAGUGCGUAACCAGAAACUACGACUUUGGGGUGCUCGGCUCAAAUGGAGCGGUGCGGGGCAGUCGGAACAGCGGCCUUAUAGCUGAUAAUACCGAUGCCAAGGGCUGUACGCCGGAGUCGGUUGUUGUUGGUGGUGCAAAUGCAACUGCAGCGAGCGCCUCCCCCCUUCCAGCCAACAAGUUUGUGGCCCGAAUGCCGGUGGAUCGAUAUGCCAGCGAAUACAAUAUGAAUCACAAGCACCGCGGGCUGGCCCUGAUCUUCAAUCAUGAGCACUUUGAUAUACCUUCGCUGAAGAGCCGCACCGGGACGAAUGUGGAUGCCCAGGAGCUGAAGAAAGCUCUGGAUUCCCUGGGAUUCACGGUGUCCGUGCACAAGGACUGCAAACUAAGGGAUAUCCUGAAGCAUAUUGAGAAGGCCGCCGAACAGGAUCACACGGACAACGACUGCCUGGCGGUGGCCAUCCUUUCCCACGGGGAACAUGGCUACCUUUACGCCAAAGAUACGCAGUACAAGCUGGACAACAUUUGGCACUAUUUCACCGCCAGCUUCUGCCCCUCGUUGGCGGGAAAACCCAAGAUGUUCUUCAUCCAAGCCUGCCAGGGCGAUCGUUUGGAUGGCGGAAUAACCCUGGAGAAGGCUGUUACCGAGACGGAUGGCGAGUCCUCGACGAGCUACAAGAUACCCAUACACGCCGACUUUCUGUUCUCCUACUCGACCAUUCCGGGAUACUUCUCCUGGCGCAACAUUAACAACGGCUCCUGGUACAUGCAGUCGCUGAUCCGGGAGCUGAACACGAAUGGCAAAAAGUACGACAUGCUCACCCUGCUCACUUUCGUCAACCAGCGCGUUGCUCUAGACUUUGAGUCGAACGUGCCCGCCACUCCGAUGAUGGAUCGCCAGAAGCAAAUACCGUGCCUCACCUCCAUGCUGACGCGCAUACUGCGCUUUGGCGACAAACCGAAAGGUAAUAAGGCUGGCUAGGAAAAACAAAAAAAAAAGAUCUCUUAACAAAAUUAGGUUGUACAACCAUCUCCCGCAAUCAUUCACUUUGGAUUCCAUAUCACUUCAUGUCUAGUUUUAAAUGACGCGUGCCAUUAUCCCGGAGGAUAUGCAGCACACUGAUUCCCAUUAUCGCACCCAUUUCCGGCCUUAUCGUUGACGAAAUUCGUUGCCCACUUAAGUAUAUGAUUUCCCUAAUUAUAAGCAACACUUGCCAAUCAGCAAACCCACAAAUAUGAAAUAAGAUUAUACAAUGAAGAUUUAUACAUAUACACAAACAUAUAUAUUUGAUAUGCAUACGAAUAAAAAUGAAUUAAUAA